AUGGGUACAUCAAAGGCUGUCCCUAUCUACCUCCACAUCGCGCAGUCGAUUGAAUACUUUGAGAGGGGAGACAAAGCGGUAUGUGCAGAAACAAUACGGUCUAUAUUCCGUCAACUACGGAAGGUUUUCCAGGCGUUCUACAAGACCUUUGUGCCUUCCACGGUCAGUCCGGCUGUCUGGCUGUCAUACGUCCAAGGUUUUCACGGAUGGGCCGCUGGCACGAUAGAUGGUGAGGCCUACACAGAAUAUGAUGGCGUCCAAGGAGGUCAGAUGGUGCUGAUUCAGGUGAUUGAUGCCUUCCUUGGCAUGGACCCGUUUCUUUCCACCGAGGCUUUUCGACGCCAUGUCACCUACUACCAGCGCGGCUUUAUCGAUUCCGUCCGGCGUCAUUCAUUCCGUCAGAAGGCUCUUGACGCAGGGGACGGUGAAAUCAAUAUUCACAUGAUUGAAAUCGCUAAGCUGAUGCAUGUCUUUCGAAGUUCUCAUCGCAAGACAGUGUCUAAGUAUCUUGCAGUGCCGGCGCCCGAGAGAAUAACCAUGACAGCUGGAAGCUCUGUCUUGCAGGGAGACAGCGCUUCAUCAAACCCACUGGCGCAUGUUGACUCUCUGCUUGCGGCCCGCCUUCGUCAGACGCGGGCGUUGGGACAACCCGAAGAUAUAUAA